AUGUCUGGUUCUGAAUUUGAUGAAUUGUAUGUUGGUGUGGGUGCUAAAAGAAUUCGUGAAUUAUUCAAUCAAGCAAGAGAAAAAGCACCUGCUAUUAUUUUCAUCGAUGAAUUAGAUGCCAUUGGUGGUAAGAGAAAUCCAAAAGAUCAAGCUUACGCUAAACAAACUUUGAAUCAAUUAUUAGUUGAAUUAGAUGGGUUUAGUCAAACUGAAGGUAUUAUUAUUAUUGGUGCUACUAAUUUCCCUGAAUCUCUAGAUAAAGCAUUGACUAGACCAGGUAGAUUUGAUAAAGAAGUUAUUGUUGACUUACCAGAUGUUCGUGGUAGAAUUGAUAUUUUAAAACAUCAUAUGCAAAAUGUUGAAACUGCUGAUGAUGUUGACCCUUCCAUUAUUGCUAGAGGUACUCCUGGGUUAUCUGGUGCUGAAUUAAUGAAUUUAGUUAACCAAGCUGCUGUUCAUGCAUCUCAAUUAUCUGCUCCAGCAGUAGAUAUGUCACAUUUUGAAUGGGCCAAGGAUAAAAUUCUUAUGGGUGCAGCCAAAACUAAAAUGGUUAUUACUGAAGAAAGUAGAAGAAAUACAGCAUGGCAUGAAGCAGGACAUGCAAUUAUGGCCAUGUAUUCCAAAGGUGCCACUCCAUUAUAUAAAGCAACUAUUUUACCAAGAGGUAGAGCAUUAGGUAUUACAUUCCAAUUACCAGAAAUGGAUAAAGUUGAUAUGAGCAAACAAGAAUGUUUUGCCAGAUUAGAUGUUUCAAUGGGUGGUAGAAUAGCUGAAGAAAUGUUGAAUGGUAAAGAAAAUGUAACUAGUGGAUGUGCCAGUGAUUUAUCAAAUGCCACAAGUGUAGCAAGAGCAAUGGUUGCAUCUUAUGGUAUGAGUGACAAAGUUGGUCCUGUUAGAUUAAGUGACGAAUGGGAAUCUUGGUCUCCUGAAAUUAGAAAUUUGGCAGAUCAAGAAGUAAGAGAUAUUUUAAUAGAUAGUGAAGAAAGAACUAGAAAAUUAUUAAAUGAUAAAAAAGUUGAAUUGAAAAAAUUAGCUGAAGGUUUGUUGGAAUAUGAAACUUUAACUAGAGAACAAAUGGAAGACAUUGUAAAUAGUAAAUAG